AUGUCUGUUAAAAGAAGCAACAGCAAACAGUUGCGCGACUAUCCCGGGUACUCCGGCAACUUCACACGCGUCUUUGGAGACGACGCAAUGGAAAAACCAUACCGUAGAAACUGGGAACCUCCAGCAGACUACCAGCAGAGCAUGGACCUGAGCGGCAACUGGGGGCGAGGCAACAUGUUCCAUCAGAAAUACCAGCCUCCGUCCCAUACAGAGUCCGAGGAAUGCAACUCCGACGGAAACCCCAAGACCUUCAAAAGGGUAUUGACCCGGUUCGCUGAUCGGACCUCCAUGCAAGGGAUUCCCUACAUCAACACUUCAAAGACCUGGUACGCAAAACUGGUGUGGACGUUGCUCCUCCUGGGAGCCAUGGUGGCCAUGGGCAUCCACCUCUACACACUCUGCUCAACUUACUUUCUUUUUGAAAGACAGACGCAGAUAAAGCUUGGCUUCCAGAACCUCAAGUUCCCCUCGAUCACCUUCUGCAAUGUGAACCCUGUUAAAUCUUCGAUGGCCUCGAGGGGCAGUAAGGAACUGAAGAAUUAUUUACGGACGAUUAGACCAGAGGCUGUUGCUUCUUCAAUUAAGACAGUCAUAUUGAAGAAGAUAGCAUUUCUGACACAUGGAGUGAUGCAGAAAGCUGCUCAGUUAGAACAGAAACCACCGGUUAACCCAAACCAGGGCCCAAGAAACACGCCUAAUUUCUUUUCCGGUCAGAGAUCAACCCUCCAAGAAAUCCGCAAGGAAUUCAUCCACCUGUACAGCUUAGAAGACAGGGAAACCCGGAUCGCGAUGGGCCACUCAAUCUCAGACAUGCUGGUGUCAUGUGCAUUCUCUGGUGUGGUGUGCAACGACAGUUAUUUUAGGAUCCACCCCUCGUCCGCGUAUGGAAACUGUUACACUCUAGAGAACUAUGAAUUCGUCAGCUUCCGGAGCGGCCCAUCCUAUGGUCUGGAGCUGAUACUGUUUUUGGAAACUGACGAGUAUAUAUCAACAAUUGCUUCCGGUAUUGGGGCCCAGUUUCUAAUACACGGUACAAACACUUGGCCUGACCCGGAAGUUGAUGGGAUAUCAGUUUCAGCUACAAUGGAAACGAAUAUAGGCAUGCGUAUGCUUGAGAUUCACAGGCUGGGUGGGCUGUAUGGUGAUUGUGAUGACGGCACAGCCUUUAAAGCUAGAUAUGGGAUGGAAUAUACCAGGAAGUCUUGUCAGACAUUCUGUGUGCACGAGAGAAUCAUCAACCGAUGUGGUUGCUAUGAUGAACUUAAGGAAACACUGUAUGAAAACAUUAAUAGCUCGAUGCCGGGGAGGAAAGUUCACCCAUGCCGGACCAGAGAAGAAACGGCGUGCUUACUUCAGAUCGAGUCAAGAUGGGAGACGGGCUUGUUCCAGUGCAAUUGCUUCAACCCAUGCCAUGAGACAUUGUAUGAGAAAACUACGAACACUCGCAUGUGGCCUUCCGAUGCGUAUGCAACGAUGCUGAUUCAGUACUUAUGCAACAACAAGAACGAAUCCGAGUGCGAACGUUUUGAAAAAAUGGAUCCUCGGGAACUCAGUCGAAACUUCAUGAAGAUCAACAUUUUCUUUGAAGAUUUAAACUUUGAAAAUAUAACAGAAACACCAGCGUAUGAGGAUGUUCAAUUUUAUUCCGACAUCGGAGGCACGGUAGGUCUGUGGGUGGGGCUCUCAGUGCUGAGUCUGGCUGAAGUGCUUCAGUUCCUGUGGGAGGUCAUCCAAUACCUGUUCUGUUGGCGCCGUUAGAAGAAGAAACCAGAACAGACUGCAGACAGGUCCAACUGGGACAAACAGGUACGAGCACAGGUGUCACCGAACCUGACCACCAGAUUGCCAUCCACGUACAGGGGAAAUGCCUUAUACUGAGGACGACAUGACAGGCCAAUUGUCAGUAUGUGAGUUAAUCAUUACUUGAGUGAGCGUUACAUCAUACGCCAGCUGAUGCCAUACGCAACAAUAAUGUAGGUCUCACAUUACACUGUUCCUGACUACUGUUAAUCCUUGCAAUAUUGAUGGUGUUGAUACCGAAUUAUAACUGUGACUCACUUCAGAAAGGGUAACACAAUCGUUUUAACUCGGAGGAAAACCAACGAUUUCAGUCUGAUCGACGACCAACAACGAAAGCAUGAUUACAUCUUCCAAACAGUUGAUCUUCCCGGAAGACUUGACUAACUUUGGUCAUCAAGUAAGAUUUCUGAUGUUAAUGAUUGGGGUUCAUAGACCUACUUUACAAGGAAAAAGAGAAGUGGGCAUAGACAACUUUGCCAUAUCGCCAGGGUUCGGCAUUUGGGAUCUCAAGUCUCUGUGUGUGACAACCGUCGACUAUUUGGAGCCUUGUCUCUGUGUGUGACAACCACCGACUAUCUGGAGUCUUAUUUCAACAGGGAUACAUUGAUAUGCAACUUCGUGACUUAUGCUCAAUCUUCUAUUGUGGGUCGACGUCGCAUUGACAUCUGUGAAUAUACUGCGCAUCUACCGUGUCAAGUGAACCUGUACGGAUUAAGGAGUUUCUCCAUUUACACUAUGUGCAUUGUCUUUUUGUAUAUGUCGUGCUAUUGUAAAACCAUAUACAAUAAUAUAUUCGACUUGUUGUUGAAUACUGUUUGAUACUCUAUGUUUUAUAGACAAACAAAGGAAUUAAAUCAUUUGAUUUGU